GAAAAAAUAGUAUUAGUGGUUCGGUGGCAAAAAGGAACAUCUCUAGAGAAAUUGGAGCGCAGCUAGGGUUCAAGUCUUGUCAAGCACAAAAUCCAAGAUAUGAUUAAUCAUCCAUAGUAAGGGUUUUGAAGAAUCCUCCUCCUCCCCCUCCGCCAAUCAUCAUCAGCCUCUCUUCUACCUCCUCCUCCAUGACCGUCCAUCCAAUCACCAUGAAACCAAAGCCCCACAAAAGAUCCAACAAAACCCGCUUCCAAAACCCACCACCACCACCACCACUAGCAGAAAAUCCAUCAGAUUAUGCCUUCAAAAUAACAAAAACAGCAGUAUCACAAAUCUGCCAAUCAGUAGGGUUUAAGUCCACACAACUCUCAGCUCUUGAAACGCUAACCCAUAUAGCCACCCUUUACCUCCAAACACUAGCCAAAACAGCUGUGUCAUAUUCCAAUGCAUCCAACCGUACUCAAUCAAACAUCUUUGACAUCAUCAACUCAUUACAUGACAUGUCAUCUGUACAAGGUUUCACAGGAGGAUCCACGCUGCAUUGUAGUAGUGGUGGCAUUGGUCUUUUAAGGUCUGGUGUGUUUAAAGAUAUUAAAUCUUUUGUUGAGUUCAGUGAUGAAAUCCCUUUUGCCAAGCCUAUUCCAAGAGGGAAUUCGAUUUCUUUGAGGAGGAAUUCAAUUCCUUUGGAAAUAGAUGAAUUGGAUUCCAGGGGUUUGCAUAUUCCUAGGUGGUUGCCAAGGUUUCCUGAUGAGACUAGUUAUAAGAAUUGUGGGGACAGGUGGGAAAAAAGGAGGGAAGGGGGCUUGGCCUUGUGGGAGAAUUCUGAUUUGCUGAGUGGUGGAAGUGGAAAUAAAUCCCAGGGGAUUUCCAGGGAGAAUGAGAAAAGAAGUGAUGGUGAUGGUGAUUUGUCGGUGGAGAGAGGAAAGGUGAGUUUUAAGAUUGGGGAAGCAAUGAAGGCACAAAAAGGAGGGAUUUUAAUUUCUUUUUUGUGAUUUGUUGCUGGCAGGAUUUAAACUCUGUUUCUCUGCCAAAAUUGGAAUACGCAAACCAUAAUUGAUCUCAAGAUUCCCUGCUUGUGCUUGAAUUUUGUUGUUCGUGAUGAAUUUAUAUAUAAACAUUUUUUUUUUUA